AUGUCUACGUCACCUUUCAAUGGAACAACAACGCUCUCAGUUCUCACGCUGACGUCAGAGUACAAUGACGUUACGACGGUAUCGAAAGCGAUAGAAACCAUUGUGCUGGUCGUGAUCAUAACCAUAACGACUGUCGGCAACGUUUGUCUUUGGGUGAUCGUGCUAAGGUCAAGGGCCCUGAGGACUUUGACCAGCAUGUUCAUCCUUGGAUUGUCCACUGCAGAUAUCCUCGUGGGCGUCGUGAACAUGCCCAUUACGGUCUACACAAUAAUCAUGGGUCGCUGGGAGUUUUCGCAGAGCGCAUGUGUAGUCUUUGGCUUCCUGAACAUGAUCACCUUGGUUACCAGCGUCCUGUCGCUUUGCAACAUUUCUAUAAAUAGAUAUGUCAUGGUGUGUUAUCCACAUAUGUUCAAGCAUAUCUACACGGUCAGAAACGCUGUUGCCAUGAUAAUAGGUGUUGUUAUAUUUUCGAUUCUACUCUCCCUGCCGCCUCUGAUUGGAUGGUCUGAAUAUGUUUACACGCCCUCGCAUUCGUUCUGUUUCGCUGAUUGGCAGAACCACAUGUCCUACGCAUUCUUUAUGAUUGGAUGUUGCUUCGGGAUUCCUUUCAUAGUAAUGUCAGUUUGCAACGUGUUAAUUUUGAGAAACGUGAGGGCCAGCAGACUUCGAGUUAAAACCGCGUCAGAACCUCAACAAUCACCUGCCUCAAUUAAGAACUUCAUCAAUCGAUUAACGAUUGGCUCAACAAAGGUUCGAAUGAUAUCAAAAAUCGUUCCCACGUACGUUGGUAAAUCCACAACCACCUUACACACACCAUCUUCUCAGUCAACGAAAUCGUCGUUAACACGUCAACAACGUAGCCGAUUCCUUCAUCUAGACUGGAAACCUGCGUCAGAAAACACACCGCCAGAAAGAUGUUCACCUGUAACAGCAAUUUCAUUAGACCCAUCAUCGGACGUAUCGUUUGUCCUACCUUCGAACUCAGAAACAGAAUUCAACGCUCAGGGACCGGUUCAUGAUAAGCAAAUGAGCAAGCAAAAGGGACUAGAGACGCCGCCCUUAAAACGGCGAGAAGAGAUACGACUCGCUGUUUCGCUAAUUAUUGUUGUUGUGAUAUUUGUUAUAUGUUGGCUACCCUAUUGUGUAAGUAUGCUACUCUCAAUAUUUCACUCGGGACAUGUGCCAAGAGAAUUCCAUAUGUUUACAAUAAUUAUAGGAUAUGCAAAUAGUUGCUGUAAUCCUAUCAUCUAUGGUGUCAUGAACAAACGGUUCAAGGUUGGGUUUAAGCGCAUUUUCUGUUUCUGGCAGUACAGAACCAAUUCAGGUCUGAGUAGCCCUUAGUCAUAUUGAAGCACUCUCAUACAACUAUAUCAUUCUCACAUAUAUUUAUUUUAAUAUUUCCAAUCUGUGUUCGUUAACAUGUUUCAGACACGUUCCCGGUAAAAUAAAUUAAAUUAAUUUUUUUAUCUAUAUGUCCUUGAAUUAAAAAAACGCUUAAUCCUGUUUUUUUU